AUGCAUUCUCAUCUGAACCCCAUCGGUUCUGGCUCAAGAUCGGCUUCUGUCCCACCGCGCCAACCACCCAGCCCCGUCUCGCCGCACGCAGGCACGUCCCCGCGGCACACCAUCGCCAUCCGCACGCCUUCGCCGAAAGAGAGGACGAAUUCCCCGCCCAAUUCGCCCGCGCCUCAGCACGUGCAGCAGUACACGCCGGAGCAGGAUGCCGCUGCGCGCAAGAUCCAGGAGACGUACCGCGCGCAUGCCGCACGCGCCAACGCGCUCCGCACCAUCGCCGGCCUCCGCACGCGCUUCGCCGGCCUGCGCUCAAACUUCGUCUUCCCCGCCGCGCUUGAUUUCGUCGUGCCCGGUGGCGGGCAGAUCGCGGUCCGCGCGGGCGCGGAGGUAUUAGCGAGCGCAACGCAAGCCAGCCCGGUCGCAGAUGACGCCGCGGAGCCGACGCGCCCGGACCUUGCGUACACGCCGGGCAACGCGCCGCUGCACGCCUAUCUCGAGGAGCUCAGUCGGCUGCUGACCGCACUGGAUGCCGUGGAGAGCCGUGGCGUGGCGGAGGUCAAGGGCCGGCGGAGGGCCCUUGUGAGGGAGGUGGAGGGCAAGGCGGAGAGUGUGGAGAGGAGGUGGAAGAAGUCGAAGACAAGGACGCUGAACCUCCCAUGA